UGAUUUUGUCCUCCCAACCAUCACCCUUCUUCGUCAUGUCAAUCGUCGAGGCAUCCUCUGAGAUCGCAGACGAGUCGUCGGUACAGCCUCGCAUUGUCGGUGAGGAUGGCUUGACAAACAAGGAACGCAGAAAGGCGAAGCAGGAGGCAAAGAAGAAGCAGGCCGAAGAGGCAAAGGUUGCAAAGGUCGACAAGAAGAAGAGGGUCCUCGAGCAAGAAGAUGGCCAAGGGGAAGACACGCCAGCAACCGAAGGAGAGGAAGCUGAGGAGCCGGUCGAAGCUCUGUCCCACAAGGAGCAGCGCAAGCGCAGGAAGCUCGAGAAGAAGGGCCUCCUUCCCCCUCCUGCCAGCGCUGACGGCGGCGCAGACGCAACGCCCUCGUCCUCCCACGCAAAGCCGCAACGCCCUGAUCUGCCUGAGCGGUCACCCUAUGCAGUCUGGGUUGGGAAUCUUUCCUUCCAGACGAACAUUGAGCGCCUGCAAGGCUGGUUUGAAGAGCGUGGCAUCCAGGGCAUCAGCCGCGUGCACAUGCCCCGUGGAGUCAAGAAGUUCGAGCAAAACAAGGGUUUCGCCUACAUCGACCUCCCUUCUCGCUCAGCAGUAGAGUCAGCCGUCGCUCUCUCAGAAGACCACCUGGACGGGCGACGUCUCCUCAUCAAGUCCUCGUCCGACUUCUCCGGCCGACCCGCCCUCGACCCAUCCCUCGCCGCCCUUGCCACUUCGAGCAAUACCACUAAUGCUUCGCCGUCAGUAGCAGCAGCAGGAGCAGCAGCUGGCUCCGCUAUGGAGCCUCAUGGUGCUGGAGGCAAGACUGGCCUGACAAAGACAGCGCAGAAGAUUUUGCGAGCGCAGAGGAACCCUGCAGGGCCGACACUCUUUGUGGGCAAUUUGAGCUUCAACUCGACUGAGGAGGGAUUGCGUGACCUCUUCGAGGCAUCAGCUAAGGCCAGGGAUGCGUGGAAGAAGGCCGAAGCCGGUAAGCCGAAGAAGAAGGCGAAGAAGGUUGUCAAGAAGAGCAGCAGCAAGAAGGCAAAGGCUGAGGACAGCGACAGCGACAGCGACAGCGAUGACGGGAGCGAUAGCAGCAGCAGCAGUAGCAGCAGUAGCAGCGAGGAGGACUCGGAAGACUCUUCGGACGAGGAGGACGAGAGCGAUGAGGAGGAGGAGGGCGACAAGGACCAGGUGCGAGGUGCCGGCAUCCGUAAGGUCAGGAUGGGAACGUUCGAGGACUCAGGCAAGUGCAAAGGCUUCGCAUUCAUCGACUUCCACACACCCGCGCACGCAACCGCCUCGCUCGUCGACCCUCGCAACUACAGGCUGGACGGGCGCGAGCUCAAGCUCGAAUUUGCAGGUGCCGACGCCGUGCGUCGAGGCGCACCGAAGGGCGCGGCCAUCAACUCUGCUGGCGGUCGUGGCGCCUGGCCGAGCCCCAACGAGAGUGGCAUGGCUCCUCCUCCAAAGAAGGAGCGUGCCGCCCCCGAGUGGCGCCAGAAGAAGGGUGAGAAGCGCAAACACUUGGCUCCGAGUGAGGAUUCGAAGGGAUCGAGGAAGCGCCUCAAGCGUGAGGAGAAGCUGGCUGCUAGAAGGGAGGCUGCCGCCAUGGCUCCGGGCGGGGCUGGUAGCCCUCCCGCUAGUGGAGCGGCGGGCGGUGGUGUAGAGGGGGCUCGUGUGCGUCACAAGGAGACUCAGGCGGAGCGUCAAGCGAGAAGGGAGAAGGCUGCAGCGGGCGGAGGUGCUGGCAGUGCUGCGGGUGGCAAGAGGGCUAAGCCUGGUGCGGCGCUUGCAAAUGCGCAGAGGGGAAAGACUGGUAUUGACACGAGUGGGGAGGCGGGCAAGAGGACGACGUUUGAGUAGAUUGAGAAGGGCAAAGGUCUCAAAGUCUCGCGGGCCCCUGAUGCGGUCUCGAAUGAAAUUGCUUCAGCUCUGCGCAGUCAGCGAGUGGCCCAACGUGACCCAACUUUCAGC